AUGGCGAAGCGGUGCCGCGCCGCCGCGAAGCAGGCCGCGGAGGCCGGCGACGGCGACGACGACGACAGCGUCUGCACGGAGGCCGACGCGAGCCUCCGCGCGGCCGUCGCCGCCGACGUCGCGACCAUCGAGCGCGACGAGUUCGAGGCCGACGCCUACGCGGACGAGGUCGACUACUCGGACGUGCGCCUCGGCGACGUCGAGGAGGACGCGGCGCGCGCGCGCAAGCGGGCCAAGGUCGCGCCGCCCGCCGACGACGACGCGUCGUCCGUCGGCGGCGACACGGCCCUCGCGUCCGAGAGCGGCGACACCGUCGUCGACGCCGACGGCGACGGCGCCGAGGACUUCGCGCUCGGCGUCGAGACGCUCCGGAGCGUCGAGCCCGCCAAGGUCGACGCGAAGAAGGGCGUGCGCUACCUGCCGACGCCCGCCGUCGCCGACGACGCCGCGCCCGCGCACUUCCUCGAGGCCCGGUUCCUCGGCGCCGCGGCCGCGGCGAAGCCCCCGGGCCCGCCCGGCGCCGGCGACGACUCGUCCGACGAGGACGACGACGACGAGGCGGCGUCGGCGGAGGGCGACGCGGCGGACGCGGACGUGGCGGACGCGCCCGCGGCGGCCGCCGGCGCCGACGCCAUGGCCGUCGACGACGCGCCGGCGGCCGCGCCGGCCGCGGCGCCCGACGCCAUGGCCGUCGACGAGGCGGCCCCCGGCGCCGCCGACGAGGCGCCGCCGACGGCGGCGGAGGCGGCCGUCGGCGCCGCGUGCCUCGCGGCCUGCGGCGACGUGCUCAAGUACCUCAUGCGGACGAAGCAGGCCGCGUGGUUCCUCGAGCCCGUGGACCCGGAGGGCAUGGGCAUCGACCACUACCCGACGAUCGUCGCCGCGCCCAUGGACUUUGGCACGGUCAAGGCCAAGCUCGCGGCGGGCGCGUACGGGGCCGCGGCGACGUUCGCGGCCGACGUGCGCCUCGUGCUCCGCAACGCGAUGACCUUCAACGUCGAGGCGACGGAGCCCGUCCACGCGGCGGCGGCCUGGCUCUACGACAAGUUCGAGGAGCGCUACGCCGACGCCCUCGCCGACGUCCUCGACGACGACGACGACGACGGCGGCGACGGCGGCGACCACGAGGACGUCGGCCGCGCGGCGAAGCACAAGUUCGCGGGCCUCGGCAAGGCGCCGUGGACGGGCGUCGUCGUCGCGGGCACGGACGACACGCUCACGAUCAAGUGGGCCGAGAACGACGAGCCCGAGACCUACGCCGCGGCCAAGGCGCGGCGCUGGCUCCUCUGA